UGACAGAAUCUGGCCUGUCUAUGGUUGACUGGCAUCUGGUGAAAGAGAUGAAACCCCCGAGAACACAGCAGGAGUGGGAAGCUGAGUUCCAGAAGUACCAGCAGUUCCCAGAGUUUAAAAUCCUGAAUCAUGACAUGACACUCACAGAGUUCAAGUUCAUCUGGUACAUGGAGUAUUCGCACCGCAUGUGGGGCCGUGUCGUGGGCUUGGCCUACAUCCUGCCCGCUGCCUACUUCUGGCGAAAGGGCUGGCUCAGCCGCCCCAUGAAGGGCUGUGUUCUUGCGCUCUGCGGGCUGGUCUGCUUCCAGGGGCUGCUGGGAUGGUACAUGGUGAAGAGCGGGCUGGAAGAAAAGCCAGACUCGUACGACAUUCCUCGGGUCAGUCAGUACCGUCUCGCAGCGCACCUUGGCUCUGCGCUGGUUCUGUACUCUGCUAGCCUGUGGACGGGGCUGUCCUUGCUGCUCCCACAACACAAGUUACCUGAAACCCAUCAGCUCAUUCGCUUGAGACGAUAUGCUCAUGGCACCACAGCUCUCAUUUUCCUUACAGCUCUUUCAGGUGCCUUUGUGGCAGGGCUGGAUGCUGGCCUGGUGUACAAUUCCUUCCCUAAAAUGGGGGAGCGCUGGAUCCCAGAUGAUCUCCUUGCCUUCACCCCCAUACUGAAGAAUAUCUUUGAGAAUCCUACAACUGUACAGUUUGAUCACAGGAUCUUGGGAAUCACCUCCAUCACAGCUGUCACAGCACUGUACCUCUUCUCACGGAAGAUCCCGCUCCCUCGCAGGGCCAGGAUGGCAGUGACUUCCUUAUUGGCCGUGGCUUGCAUGCAGGUGGGCCUGGGCAUCAGCACCCUGCUCCUGUAUGUCCCCACGCCUCUGGCUGCCACACACCAGUCAGGCUCCCUGGCGCUGCUCAGCAUGGCGCUCUGGCUCAUGAGCGAGCUACGGCGGGUCCCCAAGUAACCGGCCGGGGGAAGAGCCCUCCCGCGGCAGCCGGGCCCAGGGGCAGCAGAGACCCUGCACCUCGGGUGCACAGGGGUGCGCGC